GCCUGCUAGUUGCGGCGGUCGCCCCUCGGAGGCUCGCCCCCGGCCUGGCGCCCAACCGUUCCUGUGUGGCCGUUUCCGCGGACGCUGGCGCUUGGGAGCUCCCGGGGAAGGGCUGCGCGGCGGGAGCAGCGGGCUGUGUGCGCGGAGCGCCGGGGCGCUGGCAAUAUCCGUCUUUUUGCGUUGGUUCCCACUAAAGAACUGAAAAGCUCAAUUUUAGAAACCGAGAUUGGUAGCUUCUGUAGAAAAAAGUCAGAUCUGGCGGCACUGGACCCAGACUCCCGGGUGUCGCCCACCACCUAGAGCUGCCCCCUCAGGCUCCAUCAUGUCCAGGCCCCAGACCCCAGAGCCGACCCUCGAUGGGCAGGGAGACACCCCCGUGGGCUCGCCAGACGACGUGGCCGACGGGAUCCAGCACUCGCAUCGCAUGCUCAGCUUCAGCGACGCGCUGCUAUCCAUCAUCGCCACCGUGAUGAUCCUGCCCGUGACCCACACAGAGAUCUCCCCGGAGCAGGAGUUUGACAAGAGUGUCCAGAGGCUCCUCGCCACCAGGAUUGCUGUCUACCUGAUGACUUUCCUCAUCGUGACCGUGGCCUGGGCAGCCCACACGAGGUUGUUCCAAGUUGUUGGGAAAAUAGACGACACGCUUGCCCUGCUCAACCUGGCCUGCAUGAUGACCAUCACCUUCCUGCCGUUCACAUUUUCCUUGAUGGUGACCUUCCCCGAGGUGCCUCUGGGCAUCUUCCUGUUCUGCAUGUGUGUGAUCGCCAUCGGGGUCGUGCAGGCGCUGAUCGUGCUCUAUGCCUUCCACUUCCCGCACCUCCUGAGCCCCCAGAUCGAGCGCUCUGCCCACCGUGGUCUCUACCGGCAGCACAUCCUGGGCAUCAUCAUGCGGGGCCCCGCACUCUGCCUGGCUGCCGCCGGCUUCUCCCUCUUCUUCUACCCCGCGUCAUACCUGCUGAUGGCCACGGUCAUCUUCCUGCCCUACGUGAGCAAGGCUGCCGGCUGGUGCAGGGCCCACCUUACGGGCCCCAGAGAGCCCCCGGCUCACAGCAUGGAGGUCUUCACCUUCGACCUGCACGAGCCGCUCAGCAAGGAGCGGGUGGAGGCCUUCAGUGACGGGGUCUACGCCAUCGUGGCCACUCUGCUCAUCCUGGACAUCUGCGAGGACAAUGUCCCGGACGCCAAGGAUGUGAAGGAGAAGUUCCAGGGCAGCCUGGUGACCGCGCUGGGCGAGUCAGGGCCGCACUUCCUGGCCUACUUCGGCUCCUUCGCCACGGUGGGCCUGCUCUGGUUCGCCCACCACUCACUGUUCCUGCACAUCCGCAGGGCCACGCAGCCCAUGGGACUGCUCAACACGCUCUCGCUGGCCUUUGUGGGCGGCCUGCCCCUGGCCUACCAGCAGACGUCAGCCUUCGCACAGCAGCCCCGCGAUGAGCUGGAGAGCGUGCGCGUCAGCUGUGCCAUCAUCUUCCUGGCCAGCAUCUUCCAGUUCGCCAUCUGGACCACGGCACUGCUGCGGGAGGGGGAGACACUGCAACCCUCUGCACGCUUUGGGGGCCGCGAGCACGCAUUCAUGUUUGCCAAGCUCGCCCUGUACCCCUGCGCCAGCCUGCUGGCCUUUGCCUGCACCUGCGUGCUGAGCAGCUUCAGCACGGCCAUCUUCCACGCCAUGCAGAUCGCGGUGCCCUUCACCUUCCUGCUGCUCCGGCUGCUGGUGCGCCUGGCACUGGCCAGCCUGCGGGCCCUGCGGGGGCUGGUGGGGCCCGUGCUUGCCCAGCCGGCGCCUGGGGCUGCGGACGAGGCCCAGUCCCCACUGCUCCCUGCCCCCUGCUAGUGCCGCCCUGCCCCGUCUCCGGGGCCUUGUGAAGAUUCAUGUUCUGCCUCAGACCCUCAGAUUACUUCCACUUUGCAGAGAAGAGUCUCAUGGCAGCUUUACUGUGUUGCUUGUGCCCGUUGUCUGCUCAAGCCAGCAGAGACGAGCCCCGGAGGGCUGGCAGGAGGUGGGGGCCCUGGGGCAGUGGGCCCAGCCCGGGCCCAGCCCCUCCCUGGACUCAGGCCACACCCCAGUGCAGAGGCCCCAGCAGGCUGCCAGAACACCCACCCACCCCCCGCGACGCCCCAAGCACAGUGACGCAGGAGACGGACAGCAGAAGGGCCGGAAGCCCAGACUCUAUUUGUCCAAGAUAUAAAUUACGGUCACCUUCGGGGGUAGGUUACACACGAGGAAGGGGCGCAGCGCUCACACACACUCUCAGACUCGCUUACACGCAGAGGACUCGUCCACCCGAACCGCAGUGACAGACAGUUCCCACCAACCGGUGCAGCUGCAGGGCAAAAGCUGAUUCCGCCCCCAGGAACGCAGGCCCGAGGGAUGCACACCGGGCACUGGAGGCCCGUGGCCCUCGUGCUGCCCACGUCUGGGUAGCUUUGGCACGAGCUGGGCGGGGCCGUGUCUGAGGUCGAGGCCAGUGUCAGGGCGAGGCCGCCACCCAGGGUGAGGGCCUGGCAGCCAGCCAGUGCCAAGGCAUAGGGACCAAACAGUCAAGAGAGGGGCCUCCGGACCCUCCUUCACGCCUGGACAGGGCUCUGGGCUGGCUGGACUCCAGGGCUCUGAGUGACCCGCCUGGCAGCCCAUCUGCGUCCCCCAUCUCCACGUGGAGAAGCACAGAGACACAUCUGCUCAGUGGACACGGAACCCACGUGGUAACUGCUGACACGCGGAGGGGCGGAGCACUUUCCCCAGCCAAUUAAACCUCUCCUGCUGCA